AUGUCAAAGAAUCUCUCCAAUAAAGAAAGUGUAGAGCUUCAUGAAUUUACAUUAGAAGAUGGAAAUCCCCACUCAUUACCAAGCUCGGACCCCCAUAUUAUUAUGGAUGAUGAGUUUCUAUUUGAAACACCAAACAAGUCCUUAUCCCAUCAAUCACCCACUAAUACAUGUGCUAGAAUUAGUCAUGCUUUAAGAAGAAUGGCAAAUGUAAAAAAUCCUUUGAUGAAAAAAUUCUUACAUUUUAAAGGUCCAAUAGCCAUACUAUUAUUAUUUUCGGUUAUUUUAGGUAUUUCAGUGCAUCCUCAUAAAUCAAUUCCAACUGCUAAAAACUAUAUCUUACAAACUUUUAAAUCUGUUAAAGAAGUUUCUUCAAAAAGAGAAUUGGCCGCACUCGAUCUAACUUCAUCUAUAAAAUAUAAUAAUAAUUUGGAAAAAAGUGCAAUUAAUUCUAGGAUUAUAAACCAACAUUAUGAUGAUUUUAAAAUUAAAGGUUAUAUUUCAAAUUUAAAUAUAGAUAAGUUACUUAAUGAAAAGCAAUCAAAAGUUGAGAAAGCUGGUUCAACUUUGAAAGAUUCUAAUGGUGAGUUAGUAGCUGUUAAGGAUUUCGAAUUAAUGUUAAAUAAUGAUUAUAGCUCAUUGGCAUCUUGUGAAGAUUUGGAAUAUUCAUCAAAGAUAUCUUAUUCAACAGAAAGAAAAAUAAUUGAAGAUGACUUAUUAGCUUUACGCAGAGAAUUAAUUAAUAGGAAUGAUUUGAUCUCAAAAUUCAUGACAAAUGAAGAUGAGAAAGAUUUAAGUGAUGAAGAGAUUGUUAAGAAACGGUGGUUUAGAUUUGGUUCUUCUAGCGUUUGGUUGGAAUCUCAGCAAUGCUAUAUUACUGUCACCAGAUUAAUGUACGCUAAAUCUGGUGACAGAAAUAAACCAGAUAUAUCACUAAUUAGAGCGCAAGCUUUUGAUAAAGACUGGAAUGAAAUAAAAGGGAAAAGAAUUCCAAAAAUUGAUAUUUCUUUACCAAAGAGCAUUGAAGAAGAAUUGCAAAGAAUUGAUAAAGAAUUUGGUAAUGUUGAUGCUUGUGAAGAGUUGAGUUCAGAUGCAGUUGCAUAUGAUCAAUGUACUAUCCAGCAUGCCAAUGCUUAUUUAGAUGGUCAAGCUAGAAAGGAGGAAUUUUUGAAGCAAUAUUUUGUUACAUAUCCAACUGUAUAUGAGAUUCCAUUUUACACAGAAAUUAGAUAUAAAGGCCCUGAAGAUCCAAGAAUUAUUUUAAGAAAAGAUGAUGAUUUGGAAGAACCUGUUAUUGUUUUCAAUAUGGAAAAUGAAAGAGGCCGCAGAUUUUAUUCUUAUUUACCACAUAGAAAUAUUAAACCAUUAGUUGAAUUUGAUAUCAAAGGUCAUCGUGCACGUAAGAAGGAAAAAAAUUGGGCUCCAUUUUUCCAUGAAGAUGAUACGAAGACUAUUUCAUUAUUAUCUCGUGGCUUCAUUCAUUUCGUGUAUAGUUUUUCUCCCUUUGAAGUCAUUAAAUGUUCAUUAAAUGAUGGUAUGUGUGAAAAAGUUUUUCAAAAGGAGAGCUUAAAAUUGUCUAAUAAAAAUAAUUAUGGUGGUAUGCGUGGGGGUACACAAAUUGUUCAAUUGCCAAGCAUUAUUCCAAAAGUUACUGGUAAACAAAUGUGGUUGGGUAUAGCCAAGUCGCACAUUGAAUAUUGUGGCUGUGGUAGACAUUUUUAUAGACCUAUGUUAAGUCUUUUUGUGGAAAGUAACGGUGUUUACCAUCAAGAGCUUGUUGUUCCAUAUUUAGAUUUUAAUACAGAGGUAAUUGGAUGGAAUAAUCAAGAAAAUAAGUGUGACUAUAUCAAUAUUAUGUCACCAAACUCAAUAUCUGCAUGGGAAGUGUUAGGCCAAGAUCCUUUGACAAAAAAAUUCGAUGAUUACUUGGUAAUUACUUAUAGUGAAUCCGAUAUUCUAUCUAAAGUCAUUACUGUCCGAGGUAUGCUAGAUUACAUCCUGAGAUUAUAUGGUGAGAAAGACAUAGAGGAAAUUUUGUUCCUUCAUUGGAUUCUGACAACAUUUUAG